ACCUCGGACUCCGCUCUUAGUCCUUGCUUCUCUCACGUGGACCCAGCCCCCUUCAAGGCCAUGUGCGCCGCUGACAUGAUGGCAAUGACGAACCGAGCCAACAUCCAGCAGGCGACAUGUCAAUCUGCUGCCGCCUACGUUGCCUCGUGCCGGGCAGUCGGGGUUGACCUCUGGAUGCCUCCCAAGUGUGUCAGAAAGCAAAUGAUCCGAUAUAUGCGUGCAGUCCGAUGCGAACUGGAAGACGGCUCAGUGCUGAUCGCUGGAGAAAACGUGACCUACGACAACAACUCCCCAAAGUCGGCCGACAUCGUCCUCGCCCUAGACGGGAACGAAUGCCUGGAACCCGCUAAGCUCAGCGGGCUGAUCAAGAACAUCGAGACGGAGCUGAAUGCUAAGGGGAUCAACGACAACCGAUACGCGUUCAUCCGCUGGAACAUGGACUCGAGUCCGUACGUCCAAGUCAUCGACGGGAAGCACUUCACCAAUCAAAGGAACCUUCAAAGGGAACUCGACAACAUGGAGCUCACUGGUGUGACGAAUGGCCAAGGCGACCUGUACGAGGUGAUCGAAUUCGCAGCCAAGCUCCCAUUUCGAGCGGGGGUUGGCAAAUCCCUCGUGAUUGUCUCUUGCGAGGAAUGCGGUAGCUCCAACACUCAGGCCUACGCCGACACCCUCAAUAUCCUCCUGGAAGCUGACAUGCGACUCCACUUGCUUUACCCAACGAAGAUCGGGCUGAAGGGGGAGAAGGUCGCAAAGCCCCUGGACGCUCCGGUUGGAUUCGACGACGGGAAGGUGUUCACUCUUAAGGAUUCCAGGGAGCUCCGGGGAGACCUGAACUUGAAGGAACGGCUGGCCAUCGAGAAGGACUUCUGCAUGCCGUUGGCGAUCGAGACAAAGGGCUCUGUGUUCACGAUGAACCUCCUGAGGGAUAGGCCAAAUCGAAUCAAGAAGCUUUGGUCAGUGGUCGGACAGAGGCUUUCCGAGACAGGGCUGCCCUCCCCUUGCCUUCGAUGCGAUUGUGUUCCUGAUCGUAGUGGAAUGGGACGCACUAUGUGCCACCCUUGCAUCCCGCCUUCCCUUUCCGAUUUCUUCGCUGAGAAUAUAAAGGGAACAAUCAACUCCCCAUCGAACAAGUCAGAUAAAUUCUUCGAAGAAACCUUGACCGUGCGACAUGGUAUCCCUCUU